GCGUGUGACGUCAUCGAUAACGUGGCUACGCCCCGCCCCCUCCCGUGAUGUAUAAAAUGCGGGGCAGUUGAGUGACGGGCGCGCUGUGGACUCUCACAGGGACCUUUUGUUCAGCAGUAUGGGCAUCCAAGGGUUUAUGAGCUAUGUAGGGGAACACAGGGAAUUCUUCAUUGACUUGCAGUUAAGGAACACAGAUGUAGUAAUUGAUGGAAAUAACCUCUACCAUCGCCUUUACUUUGACUCAAAUCUCGAUGUCCGACACGGUGGGGAUUACGAUUCUUUCACAAAUGUUGUACAUCAGUUUUUUGAAGCUCUGACAAUGUGUAACAUACGGCCUUAUGUUGUGCUAGAUGGAGGGUGUGAUGCAUCUGACAAAAAGCUUACAACAUUAAAAGAAAGAGCUCGGGAGAAGAUCCAGGCAGCCCAUUCUCUCUCCUGCGGUGGCGGUGGGAGCGUAUUGCCUUUGCUCAUCAGAGAAGCCUUCAAACAGAUCUUGGCUCAAAUACAAGUUCCUUUUGUCCAGUCUUUUUCAGAAGCAGACAGAGACAUUGUGUCAUUAGCCAAUCACUUGAAUUGCCCGGUGUUAACAUUAGAUAGUGACUUCUGCAUAUUUGACCUAAAAGCAGGCUAUUGUCCUCUGAAUUACUUUCAGUGGAAAACCCUUUGCCGUGGCAAAGGCUUGCAAGACUGCUCCAUCCCAGCGAGGUGCUUCUCAUUAGAAAGAUUUUGUAACCAUUUCAGCAACAUGAAUAAAACUCUCCUGCCUCUUUUUGCGGUGGUGAAUGGCAAUGAUUACAUUAAUCUGCCAGCUAUAGAAAUGUUUUUUAGCAAGGUACAUCUUCCUGUCGGAAGCUCCCGGCAGAAAGGAAGAAAGCACCUCCGCAUUCAUGGGCUGCUGAAUUGGCUGUCUCGUUUUGCUGAUCCUUCUGAGGCAAUGGAAAAUAUACUGAAGUAUCUGAAAAAACACGAAGCCGAGGAAACAAGGCAACUUCUUUCCGCUUUCAUGGAAGAUUAUCAACCCUCUGAUGUUAACCUCAAAGAUUUUUUUCAGGAUGGAGUUUAUGAAUCUGAGGAAGUGAAAAAAUUAGAACUACCUCAUUGGAUUUGUACUGCUUUUGCUAAAGGAGUUUUGUCACCAUUCAUUUGUGAUGCCCUGGUGUUGAAAAGAACAAUGCUUCAUGUUCAGGUGGAAAAUAUGCAAAGGCCUAGCGCUCAUGCUGUAGCUCUGCCAAUUCGACAGGUUAUUUAUGGAUUACUUUGGAAUGCUUCACAGGGGUCGCCCAGUUCAUCCCCAAGCAAAGAGCCCACUUCAUCCACCCCUGUUUUCCAUGAAUUUGACAGGAUUCAAAAGGCAUUGAAGAAAUCAUUUGUUUCAGCAGCAGUAUUGUCUGGAAAAUUUGGGAGUGACCAGUAUUCCCUGACUACAUUAAAUCAGAUUCCCUUAUCAGACCGCCAACUCUUUUUGCUAGAGACAUUAGGAGUGACAGAUAGCAUCCUUGAAACAGUUCCUUGUCACCUGCACCUUCCUGUAGCUGUAACCUGUUACUGGAUACAACAUGCUGAACCCAAAGUGAAGUUACAGCACAUGAAGGCUUUACUUCUUGGAGUAGUAUUUGGUGAAUUGGACAAGACAGUACAUCGCUCAGAUCCCGAGGUUCCACACAUUGAAGUCAAUAAAAUUGUUUAUGACCAGUUAUUGAAACGGAAAGAAAAGAAAUAUCAAAAGGAACCAUUGGAGUUAGAUGCUGCACACAUUUUUUGCCAGUGGCAGUGCUGUCUUCAAAUGGGAUUGUAUCUCAAUCAGCUGCUUUGUUGUCCUCUUUCUGAGCCAGAUCUUACACGGCUUUACAGUGGGACUCUGGUGCACAAACUGUAUCAUGAAUUAAAAUUAGUAUCCACACCAGAGGAUUUGCUCAGUGCAUCUCCAAGAAUGCACCAACUUUAUUGCAAUUUGGUACGUAUAAUAAAAGAUGCAACACCAUCAGGCUUCUUCCAGAAAAAGAAGUCCAAAGACCAUAAAAGAAAGAACAAGCAUUGCAACGGCAAACUGCUAGAUAAAAAAGAAAAUACUGCUCUGGACAAUUUGCCUUCAUGCAGUAGUAGCAAUAGAUUUGCAACAUUGAUGGUGGAGAACUAAAGGUACACGAUGAAACCACCAAUCCUCAGGUAUACCUGCCCUUGCAGGUGAAAUUUCAUCUGUACUCUUCCUGAAACUUGGCAAUAAUCAAAAGAUAAUACCAGAAGUGUACAAUGUUAACAUUAUAUAAUUUAUUCCCAAAUAAUGGAGAAGAAGCAGAAUUUGCUUAUUAAAGGGCUAAGUUCCUCACUAUGGGACACAUUGCUUUAUGAAUAUUGAGUAUUUAUAAGAUACAUUCUUAAUGCUCAGUUUUUCUUAUUAGAAGGCACUAAAUAUGUCUUGUGAGCCAUCUGAAGAAAUCCCUAUAUGGGGAUAUCAGAACCUGCACCAGCAAUCAUCAAAAUGAAAGGACCACAACUUUAUCAUGCCAAUAAGAAAUAUCGAUGAGAAGGCAAUUCACAUUCUCCAAAUAGGAAAAACGCCUCUCUUCAUGCAACUGGAAAUCAUGUACCACCUUUCGGAUGGAAAAAUGUAGGCCCCUUCAAACAACCUCAGAUCAAAAAAGCAUUAGGUUCUUGUAGGUUUUUCGGGCUAUAUGUCCAUGUUCUAGAAGUUGUUCUCCUGACGUUUCGCCUGCAUCUGCAUGAGGUCUGACCUCACAACCUCUGAGGAUGCUUGCCAUAGAUAAAGGCGAAACAUCUGGAGAAAAUGCUUCCAGAACAUGGCCAUAUAGCCCGAAAAACCUGCAAGAAUCCAGUGAUUCCAGCCAUGAAAGCCUUCGACAAUACAAAAAAGCAUUGUACAUGAGUAGAAAGCACAGUCCUGUAUAUGCACAUCUGAGGAAGACUGUGUGUUUCUUUUUGGGAAUGAUCAUGCUUUUAAAUCACUGAAGAGCCCUCCACUCAUAGGGCAGGGUUUUUUUAGGGUGAUGAGGGAAAUUUAGAGCAAAAAAAAGCAGAGAAAGAAAUCCUGCUAUGAACAUAGAGAACGAUUUUGUUCUUUUGUAUCAAGCAAGAAGAAAUUGCAAGAUAAUAUCUAAUAUUUAAAUCAAUGAUUCAAUGUUGAUGUUCACAUCUCCUCCCAUCAUAAGUUCCUCUAUUAGCAAAACAUACACAAAAAGUAUCAGGGAAGCCCUUUCAGAUAGAUAAUCCAUUUAAAAAGAGUUCUGUUAGCUCUAUUUCAAAGGCUUAUUACAAAGGAAGGAAGAAAACCUAGUCUGAUACUUUUACACUGUAAGAUCAACCACUUGUGGAAGAAUUCUGAUGUUAUGUUGUGGCUUGUCUGGAAUUCAUACUGUUGACAAUCAAGAUAUUGUUGGGUGGGUGGGCCUUAUGGGUUAGAAGCAGGAGGUUGUUAAUAUAAGUAAGCAGUUUUAACUGCUGUAAAUUUUAUCCAACGAUGUGUCUAUAAUCAGUCGGCUGUUGUUAACCUUAUUACUUUGUACACCUAUGGAGAAAAAAGGGUCUUUGGACCAUAAUAAAAUCGUUGUUGUUGAAAA